GGGAAUUUGCUGCAACUGAAAGAGAAGAAACCCCACAAGACUUUUGCCAGAUGGGCUGAGACUUAUGGUCCUAUUUAUUCAAUUAGAACUGGUGCUUCUACGGUUAUUGUUAUCAAUUCAGCUGAUGCUGCAAAAGAGGCCAUAUCAAAUGUGAAAGAGUACUUAUUUCGUCUGGUGAAAAUGACCAAUUACUAAAGACAAAAUAAUUCUGAUUUUUGAUAAUGAGGAAAAGUCCAACAAUGUUGACUGUCUGUUUUUUGAUAAUUAGGAAAAGUCCAGUAAUGUUGUUUGUCCGAGCCAAAGCCUGCCGGCUUCAAUUUAACCUUUUUGCUGUUUGCUUCGUAGUUUCAGAUUAAAUAUUUCUUUCCAGCCAUUAACGAAUUUAUUAGACUACUGUAACUUUGUUGUUUUUAAUACAUCUAAGCUUGGGCUAAGUGAAGCAAUUCAAAUUUUAUAGCAGGAUCGGCAAGUCUAUCAAGUAGCAACCUUGUUAAUACGACCUGGGAUAGAAUCAUGUUAUUUGAGCAGUCAGCUAUUUCAGAUGUGUAAAAUGUUAGUGUGUUUGAAUCUUCUUGGCUGUUGUUCAAGCCAUUUCUUUGGAUGAUACGUGUUUGUGAACAAAAUGCUACAACAUGCCAUGGUGACUAGAUAUUCAUCCAUCUCAACAAGGAAACUAUCAAAAGCCUUGUCUGUGCUUACCCAGGAUAAAUGUAUGGUUGCUACAAGUGAUUAUGAUGAGUUUCACAAGAAUGCAAAACGCUGUAUACUUACGAAUGUAUUGGGACCAAAUGCCCAGAGGCGACAUCGACCCCACAGGGACACCCUGGUUGAAAAUAUUUCAACCCGGUUUCAUGCCCAUUUAAAGAGCUAUCCUGAACAAGCAGUAAAUUUCAGAGAAGUAUUUGAGUCUGAACUUUUUGGGGUAUCACUGAAAGAAGCAUUUGGAGAGGAUGUGCAAUCUGUUUAUGUUGACGACUUGAGGACCACUUUAACAAGAGAGGAGAUUUUCGAAAUUUUAGUGCUUGAUCCCAUGCAGGGUGCAAUUGAUGUGGACUGGAGAGAUUUUUUCCCAUAUUUAAGAUGGAUUCCUAAUACAAACUGGGAAACGAAACUCCAGAAAAUGCAUUUACGCAGGCAGGCAGUAAUGACUGCACUUAUCGAGGAGCAAAAGAAACGAUUUGCUUCAGGAGAGGAACGGAAUUGCUUUCUUGACUUCUUAUUAUCCGAAGGCUUACUUACAGAGAAACAAAUAAGCAUGUUGGUUUGGGAGUUAAUAAUUGAGGCAUCAGAUACUACUCUGGUCUCCACAGAAUGGGCAAUAUACGAACUUGCAAAGAAUCCGAAGUACCAGGAUCUGCUGUUUCACGAAAUCCAAAAUGUAUGUGGAUCUGAAAAGAUCAAGGAGGAACACUUGUCUCAAUUGCCAUUCUUGAAUGCUGUUUUCCAUGAAACUAUCAGGAAGUACAGCCCGGCUCCAGUUAUACCUCUGCGAUAUGUGCAUGAAGAUACAGAAAUAGGGAGUUACUACAUUCCUGCUGGAAGUGAGAUUGCUAUUAAUAUUUACGGAUGCAACAUGGACAAAAAGCACUGGGAGAAUCCUGAAGAGUGGAAGCCAGAGAGAUUUCUUAAUGGAAAAUACGAUCUUGCUGAGUUACACAAAACGAUGGCUUUUGGAGCUGGAAAGAGAGCAUGUGCAGGUGCGCUUCAAGCAUCGCUGAUAGGAAGUACAUCAAUUGGCAGACUAGUACAAGAUUUUGAAUGGAGACUGCAAGAUGGGGAGGAAGAAAACGUGGACAUUGUUGGACUCACCACUCGCAAGCUUCAGCCUUUGCACGCCACCAUAAAGCCAAGAAAAACUAUAUGAAGCUUGAGACUUUAAUCUUUUAGAUUAUGUUAACAUGGAGUAGGAUGGGCUGAAUCGAUGGCCCAUAUGGGGUUUGGUUUGUGUGAAUGGAAAUACAAGUAGCAAGAGGACAAAGAGAAAAUUCACGUAGCAAGAAGACAAAGAGCUUAAUAAGUCAUUUUCGUUUUAGCAGUUUUUAAAUAUGUGGGCGUUGUUGAAAAUUUUCUUGAAUCUGAAAUCUCGAACUAAAAUACACAGACCCAAAAUUGUUCUGAUAAGAUAGUGAACCAGAAAAUUGCUAUUCAUAUUUUCUAAGAUAGUGAUAUAAGAUAAAAGGAAGCAUGUCUGCUGUUUAUUA